AUGGGCCAAUCACAAUCCACAACAUCACAAGAGGACACAGAAUUCUCAGGAUCCAGCUCCAGAGAGCACAAGGUCGAUUUCUAUGAACUUCUUGCAAUCCCACACAAUGCACCUUUGGAUGAGAUCAGAAAAGCAUACAAGAAGAAAGCACUCGAGCUGCAUCCAGAUAAAAACUAUGGCAAUGUCGAAGCGGCGACAAAAUUAUUUGCAGAGAUACAAUCAGCAUACCAAGUCCUUUCUGAUCCCCAAGAGCGGUCCUGGUAUGAUACUCAUCGAGAUGCAUUCUUGAGCCCAAAUGGAGCGCACGGGAAAAGCGAAUACGCCCGUGACAGCCAAAUGAUAACUUCAGAUGAUAUAUUGAAGCUGUUCUCGCAAUUCAGCCCUGAUAUGGAUUUCUCAGAUGCCCCAUGUGGAUUUUACGGUGGCCUGCAAGAGGUCUUCUCCAAGAUAUCCCUCGAAGAACGAACAGCUUGUCGAUCACAAAAUAUGGAUGUCGUUGAUUACCCAAGCUUUGGGAACCAGCAGGACAGUUUCGAAGACGUCGUCAGACCGUUUUAUGCUGUCUGGAGUAGUUUUGCCACCAAAAAAUCCUUCGCUUGGCGAGAUGUGUAUCGCUACUCCGAGGCACCAGACCGCCGUGUUCGCAGACUGAUGGAGAAGGAAAACAGACGUCUCCGAGACGAAAGUAUCCGCCAAUUCAACGAGGCCGUGAGGUCACUUGUAGCAUUCGUGAAAAAGCGGGAUCCGCGGUAUAGAGCUGGCAUUCGCAGUGAAUCGCAACGACAGGAAUCCCUUCGCCAAACCGCCGUGGCACAAGCUGCCAAAUCAAGAGCGGCAAACGAGGCAAAACUCCGUGAGCACAUCACACCGGAUUGGGCGAAAUCGGAAGAGAUUGACGAUGAAGAUUCGGAUUUCUCCGAAUCCGAACCGGAGCAUUUUGAAUGCAUUGUGUGCAGGAAGGAUUUUAAAAGCUUGAACCAAUUCAACGCCCAUGAGCGUAGCAAGAAGCACAACAGAGCAGUCAAACAACUUCGAUGGGAAAUGAGAGCAGAGAGUGAUCGAUUAAACUUGGACCAAAAUGAGGCCCAGCAAGGUGAAGUACAAUCGAUGCUUGAAGAUGGCGCCGCAAGAAAUUUUUCCUCAAUCAACCGCCGUACUUCAGAAGACAAAAGCUUUAGUGGAAUAUCUGGUGGAUUUUAUCCUACUGCGGCGUCCAAUACACAAUCUCCUCGAAAUGGAGAUUGCUCCAAGCACAUGGGUGAGGACGAUUUCCCGGUUACCAGGGACGAUGAUACCGAUCAGGACUUGGACAAAACGUUCAAUGAAAGCAUAAACUUGGAGGCAAAUCCCGCCGAAGAAGCCAUCGAGAACACCAACUCGCCAUUCCAACAACGUCCUUCCGACGCCAGCGAAACAUCGCCUGUUGCACCCCCUAAAAAUAUCGGAAAAGCCAAGAAAAAGCGAGCUUGGAAGUAG